AGGUGUCUUCAUUUUCGGGUUGGCCCCAUAGCAUGCGUUUGACCCGGCCACCUGUUCAGUAGUUCGUGUGAUUUCCAGCAAGGCGUAGCCAUAAAAUGUAUCACUACCAGCAAGGCGAUGAAACUGGUGCAUAUACAGAUGCGGAGGCCGACAAGAGCUUCGCCUUCGAUGACCAGAGCAUCCGGAAGGGAUUUAUCCGUAAGGUCUACUUGAUAUUGAUGUGCCAAUUGCUGAUCACUUUCGGUUUUGUUAGUGUGUUUACCUUCUCGAAAGCCUCGCAGGAAUGGGUACAACACAAUCCAGCCCUUUUUUGGAUAGCACUGGCGGUUCUCAUUGUGACCAUGAUUUGCAUGGCCUGCUGCGAGAGUGUGCGCCGAAAGACGCCUCUGAACUUCAUCUUCCUGUUCCUGUUCACCGUGGCGGAGUCCUUCCUCUUGGGAAUGGUGGCCGCACAGUACGAGGCGGAUGAGGUCCUGAUGGCAGUGGGCAUUACGGCUGCAGUGUCCCUGGGACUCACCCUGUUCGCCCUGCAGACCAAGUACGACUUUACGAUGUGCGGCGGAGUGCUGGUGGCCUGCCUGGUGGUCUUCCUCAUCUUUGGCAUCUUCGCCAUCUUCUUUUCGGGCAAGAUCAUUGGCCUGGUCUAUGCCUCCCUGGGAGCACUGCUCUUCUCCGUUUACCUGGUGUACGACACACAGUUGAUGCUGGGCGGUAAGCACAAAUACUCCAUCAGUCCGGAGGAGUAUAUCUUUGCCGCACUGAACCUCUACCUGGACAUCAUCAACAUCUUUAUGUACAUACUAACCAUCAUUGGAUUGUCACGCAGCUAGAUAGGUCGCACUGAUCCGUAGUUUUCAUGCCAGUUUUAGAGAUACAUAUGUAACUUAAUUGUAUGUGCCCAGUGUCCAGUGACCAGUGACCAUUGCCACCUUAGCCACGAAGAAAUACAGAGCGACUAACUAAGCGUA